UCAAGAAACCACAUUCUAAUUCCUCCGAAGAUUCUCAAAACCUCGCCGUUACAGAUCUGUCAACUGAUUUUCUCUAUUGCCCUGUUUCUUUCAUUUUUGAAUUUUCUGCCGAAGAAAAACACCAUUGAACUCAGUACGAGGAAAAACCUCCCAUGGCGGCGCCUCCUAACAAGUCCUCCUCUUCGCCAAUCCCAGGCCGAGCAAACCCUAACGCAAGAAGCUCUGAGAUCGGAAACCCCAUGAGAAGGAGCUUCGCUGGAAACCCCUUUAGCAAGCCCUCAAUUGUCCCAAAUCCCAAAGGCUUAAACCCUAAUACCCCCGUUAACAGCCCUUCAGAGUAUCCGCGAAGAAACUCCGUUAGCAGAGAGAGCGUGGUGACUUUGCGCGAUAACGAGGACAAAGAGAAUGGGAAAAUGGUGAAACUCCGAUCGCCGAUGGGAUCGAAGGGCGCAAAGAAUUUCAUGUCUCCGACGAUCUCUGCUGCUUCCAAGAUCAACGCUUCGCCAAGGAAGAAGAUUUUGGAAGAGAGAAACGAGCCGGUUAGCGAUUCCAUUUCGUUCUCCGAAUUCAAAAUCGCAUCUUUUAGUCCACCAAUUGCUGAUCUUUCGGAUCACAAGCAGGAAGAUAAAGCUCCUGCAGCUCCUCCAGUUUCCGAAGAUUCGAAAGCCAAAUCGGAUUCGUUGCCGAAGAAGAAAGUUUCUUUCGUGGAGCCCGAGCUUGUUAACCUUGAACCUACUUUCAAGAUUAGCCCUCCUCCUCCUCCUACUCCGUCUUCGAUUCCAGUAAUAGCGCCAUUGGAUUCGGAUCCUUUGGCGUCUCCUUAUGAUCCCAAAACCAACUACCUUUCCCCGAGGCCUCGUUUUCUUCAUUACAAGCCGAACCCUCGAGUCGAACUCUAUCUCAGCAAGACAAAAGAAGGAAAGCGGCUCGAGGACGGAUUUUCUGACACUGAUACUACUGAAGAAGAAGAAGAAGAUGAAACCCAGUCGGAAUCUUUAUUGAAGGAAACGGAAGAUGAUGUUUCUUCGGGUGAAGAAGUGAGAGCAGAAGAAAAACAAGGAGAAGAAAAAGAAGAGGAAGAAGAGGAGGAGCUUGUUGUUUCUGAACCAAGUCCAAUUGAUGCUGUUAUAUCAGAUGAGGCUGUUGAAGCAAAGAGGGAAUCUAAGCCGUGGUCAGUUUGGAGGUCAAAGUUGACUGCUUUGCUUAUCAUUCUCUCAAUUGCUUGUGUAUCGAUCUCGGUUGCCAAUUCGCCGGUGACCGACCAUUCUGCUUUCAACGGUGCACCAGCCUUCUUGAAGCAGUAUGAUCAGUUUGAAGUCCUCGAGUUCGCGAAAGCGAGUUUUGAUGGGAUAACUCAAAGGUUUCGUGUUUGGUACGCAAAUUCUGUCUCUUCUCUUUCUGAGUUGAUAUCCAAUCUUAGAGGAGCACACAAAGUGGGGCCCUUGAAUUAUUUUAACUUGUCUGCUUUGGUUGAGGAUGAUGUACCCUUUGAUGGUUAUGAAAUGAAUGUGCUUGUACCUACAAGAGAGAAUGGGCAGUUUCAUAUUGGAGCUGCAUAUGUAAUUAUGGAGGAUGAAGCAUUACUAGUUGAUGCUGAAUAUGUGGAAGAAGUGCAUCAGGAGGAUGAUGAAGCAUCUUCUGAAGUUGAAGAAAUGCCAGAAGCAUGCAUUAGUCCUGAUCCUGAAGAAGUUAGUCAAGAAGGAAAUGAACUUCCUGGUGAUUUUGAGGACAACCCGAUACCGAUUUCGCAGACUGAUGAAGCAGCCCAACCCGAAGUUUUGGAAGCUGGGAUUUCCCAAUAUGAGGUUGAUAUGAGUUCUGGUGCUGAAACGGAGGCUGCAAAUGAAGAUCUUUUUAUUUCUGAAGCACCAGAAGUUGAUGCUUCAUCAGAGGGCACACAAAGUUCAGAAGUAGAUGUUGCAGUUGAUGGCAGUACAGAAAAUAGUUUCACCAAAGUGAAUAUGUUGGGAAUAGCCUUAUUUGUUUUGGCUCUAAUUGCUUGUACAGGCUUUGUCUUUGUGAGGAAAGGGAAUAACAACUCAACUUUGAAUGAUUCCGAUGUCAUUAAAAGUGAGAGAUUGGUGACUAAGAAAUUGGAUUCAAGUCCGACUCUUUCCAAGCACGGGAACACUUUUGAGGUGCAACCCUAUUCUUGGGACUGUUCUGGCGAGUCUUGUCCCUCGGAGAUGAGCAGCUAUCAUAACACUUCUUCUUACAACAACAAUACAAAAGGACUGAAUUCUCUUAAUGAAACUUGGAGCUAUGAGAGGAAGGCCAAGAAGAACCAAAGGAGGGAAUCCAUGGCUUCGUCGAUGGAUUCCUCGAUAGGUUCACCGUCUUACGGAAGCUUCACGACCUAUGAGAACAUCCCCACCAAAUAUGGACGCGGAGAUGAAGAGGUUAUAACUCCUGUUAGGCGCGCUCCAGCAGACUCAGAAGCCAUGUCACGUCUCCGUGAUGAUUAACUAGAAGAGUAUUAGACUAAACGUUCAUUGUUAAUGAGCACCACUAUUUAGUACUAGUAUUAGUAGUUGUAGGAGGAGUUCGAGCUUGUUGUGUAACGUUGGUUGUUAUGCCUUGUCGUU